CUCAAUUAUGACAGUAAAGUAUGUUACAUCGAAAUGAGCAGUUAUUCUCCGGUUAUUCAGGCCAUUUGAAAGAAUUUUCGUGCACAAGGAAACUUAUAUGAAGGUUUCGGGGUCGCUGUUGGAGGAGAAGUUCUGUUACAAUCAAACAAUCCUAGAAAUUAUUAAGACAUCCGUCGAUUUACAUGAUAACUCUGGAGAUAAACCUUGAAUGUGACUCCACGGAAAACAAAUGAUGCCUUUUCUAGUAGUAAUUGCUGUUGCUCUUACUUUAUACAGCGGAAUACGAGGUAAGUUGAAUAUAAUGUAACUUGCAGCAAGUCGCCUUUUUCUUACGUUUUACAAAUAUCACAAGGAAUAAUAUGAACACAGUGCGUUGUGACUGAAGCCCUGUUAGUCCUGUUAAAGUAAAAUUCCAUCAAGCGACAUGGUCUUAAACAGCCGGCAACGUAGGAUGGAGAAAAUGGUGAUAAACGACUUCGGCAGGGACAUAGCUUCCUCCUCAAAACGCGCAACGGCGGCAGGUUUGGUGAUAUUUAGAUUUGAAACAUACGUACCCCUCCUCACCCUCCCCCCACCCACUGGUUAAUCGACCGCCCUUUACUGUCGACUUUUCGGGGUGUGGAUCGUACCCGAGACUACCAGUCUAUCGCCUUCUCAACAAGAACUGACAGACAGCAAACAUAUUAUUCGUUGGUAGCGUGCAAACAACUGAGGGGAGGUGAACUUAGGCCGUCGGCGUAAAAGCCUGGGGGUAGCCUUAAUGGGGAGUCUGGAUCGCCGAAUGGAUUCUCAAAACACCGAGGAUAAGAACUGACAGACAUUGCAAAUUUUAUAUUUAAACGGUAGAUUGGUAACGUGCAAACAACUGUUCGGGGAGGUGAACUGAUCCGUUUAUAGGGAUCUCAGAAAAUUUCAGCUAGGAAAAGGCUCGGGGCUAAGUGGGGGGUAAAUAUCCGUUUAAAAUGGGUAAUUAUACCAUUUUGUAGAUGUUAAAAGGCUAAGGCAGGGGAUUUUACCGCAAAUGGAUGGUUCUCAAAUCGUCUUCCGAACAGAUAUUUUCCCGAAUGGAUUGACUAUAAUGGGGUCGCAUUUUCAAUAGAGUUGCUAGAAUGGGGUCGCACAUUUUCGAAUUUUGGGCGGUAAGACACUAGUUCUUCAUAUUUACGGUUAGCAAACGUACCAGAGUGUUUGCACUGCAGAUGAAAAGUAAAGUGUUCUUCAUUCAAAACGACGGUCUGCCACUAACUAGGACAUCUAAGUACCAGGGCUCCUUUAGGUUCAGUAGGACCAGGUUCAGGUUCAGGUUCCUUCAAUGGGACCGUUGGGAUAAAAGCAAUGCCACGUAGAAUUUCAAAAGGUAAAACAAGUGACAAAAUUUGCCAAUACGAGUAACGGCGUUCGCGUUUGUUUAUUCUCUCAAAACGAGACUAAAUGUACAGUUCGAGUUUCGACAGGUUUUACAUCCUUAGUACUUGCUGUGAGGACAUCUACGUUCGUUACUGCAUGUAAAAAAAGUAACAAUGAUAGUUUGUCAUUAUUGUUUUAAAGAUGAAAAGUUUUUCAUUCUUUGUUGUCUACAAUAAACAAACUUGAAGCGAUUUCUUGCAUUGGAAAAUUUUACCACUUGUUUUCCCCUUAAAAACCACGUGACACGCUUAAGAGCGUGUGCAAAGAUGGCUGGCAUCGUGAUUAAGGUCUAUUAAAGCGGGCCCAUGGUGGUUCCGCUCACAGGGUUGUCAUGGUUACGCUCCGCUCUCGCUUGGGGCUCCAAAAGUUUGUUCAGUUAACUUUUCUACACCUAUCUAGUGGCAAUGGGUCAUUAUACGUUUCCACCUAAGCCAACAUUAGCACUUACUUCUCACUUAGAGCAAAAUGUUGGCUUAGGGGAGGGGUAGGAAGGCAGUUUGCCAGAAAAGUAUAAUCUUUAGGAUCCCUAUUUGGCUUGUUUUUUAAAUAGCUGGAGCUGGUGUUAAGGUGACUGUUGACUGUGAUCUGGACCAGAUGAGUGUACACAUACCGAAAACCUUGAUUCCAGGCUUCCAACUGGCAGACUUACUGCUCUUAGAUCCAAACUGUGAGCCAGUGAAAAGCGAGAACAGUAGUCACAUGACCGUAACAACGCCUCUGACUGACUGUGGCACCGAGAUGCAACACACGAAAGAAAAUGUCAUUUAUAGAAAUGUUAUUGAGGAUGGAUAUGCAAGGAAUGCAAUAGUCGGCCGACUACAGGUUUGUUUGUGUGCUCAAUAGCUUUGUAACUUCUUGUGAGGUGUAGGAUGAAGAGAUUUAGCACAAGCAGCCAUUGGAGGGGGGGAGGGGUAGGGGCAGACGAAAGGGAGGAGGGAGACCCAGUAGGCAAAGCCCUAGCCGCGAGAGUUUCCUUCCUUUUUUCUAAUAGAGAGCUUAAGCAGCUACGUUUUUAAGCGACGCACGUCAACCGGAAGUGAGCUUUUUUCCCUUUUAAUACGCCUUGCAUGGCUAAAUGUCUUUACUCUUAUAGAGACGAUUUGCCCAAAAAUUUUUCCAAAAUCACGGCUCAAGAGUGCAAAAAGUACACUUCCGUGCGUCGCUCAAAAACGUGGCUAGCCUGCGAGCAAGCUCUCUUAAUUGGGCGAGCGAAGCGAUACUCGCAGACUAAAACGUCGCUGCUUAAAUUUCCUCACUUCCCUAAAAUAGGGAAAACGUCCUCAAGCAAGACUAAUCUACUGAUCCGCGACUCGUGAGAAUCGCGAGAGGAGAGAAAGAAGGAGAGGUUCUCUUCAAUUCCCCCCCUCAGUGCUUCUCUUCUCUUACUGCUAAUUUGCAUAAUCAUCAAUGAGCUCGCAUGCCCCCACUGAUCUGGAGAAAGAGGACGACUGCUAGGAGUCUAACAAAGCCUAAUAACGCUGAUCCAUGUCUCUUACUCUUCCUUAGGUUUUGGAGAUUCCAUUCGAGUGUGUUUAUCUAAACCAGGCAGAGGCCUCUCUCGUCCAAAUGAAUGUUGAGCAAACCAAGGCUAUUGCUUUAGCACCUGAAGAAGGCUCAGGAAUGUUCGCUCUUAAAAUAGAUAUAUUUAAGGUAAGGGCCUUAAAUUAUGCUUAGGCCUUCAUUGAAAUUUCUUCGCCGUAAUGUCGUACCCACAUCUCUUGUCGACGGAUUCUUCAACAAGAGAUCAGAAGCCUGUUUCUCGAAAGUCCCGAUAACUUUUACUUUUCUGGCCUGGAAAGCGGUUUUGUGUUUGUUGUGCGUUCAAGAUCAAACUUUAAAUAACUUUGAGAAUAAUACAAUGAAACUAUCAGAAAACGAAGCAAUUUUGACUGGUUUGUGGGCUAGCAACUGUGCUACUAUUCAACAAGUUUUGAUUUUAAAAUUUGCCUUCAGGCCCGAAAAGUUUCCGGGUCUGUCGAGAAACGGGCCGCUGGUUUACGAGUUUAUGUUCACAGCUCAUGGGAUGAAUUAUUGCUAUUUACAAUAACAACAACAAUCUUUUUAUUAACACUAUUCAGGUACGAAGAAGAAGAAAAAACAUGAGAAUGCAAGAAACUAUAGAAAAUAAAAUGAUAGAAAUUAUAUAACUAUAUUUACAAUUUUUGAAUCAGUGUGCAACAGCCAAAGUAGCAAAGCUUUCGAGUUCGCUGCUGCUUAUUUACAAGUAAAGAAAGGAACAAAGGAAAGAAAUAGUACUGAUAGAUUAAACUUAUUCACAUAAUUCGUUCUCCUCGCUUCCUUUCUUAUGUAAACAUUUGCAAGAGCGGAGCUCUUGAAAACGUGGCCGACACCAUUAGCUAAUUAAUUCACCCAAAUUUUCAAAAGUUAAAAAUUUUAAAAAGUUGACAAUCUUAAUAGGCCAUUUCUGUGUUCCGAGUUGAAAGCUAUUUAAGAGGACAUAAUUGCUUGGAAGACAUUUACAUCAAAAUUCAAGAAAAAUGAUUGGGCACAAAUUGCAUAACUACCUCGUGUAGCCAGCCCAUAUACCUGUGUUACCGGGCCUAAAUAUUUGGUUUGAUCACUGUACUACUUGUAGUAAAUUAUGCGUUGUUGAGGUUAUCUAAAAAGCUUAUUAAAAGAGCUCAAAGUGUUGGUGAGGUUAGUGCGUACUUGUCAAGAGUACAAUUUUCUGGAUAUGUGGAAAUGAAAGUCAGCCAGGCCUGAACUAGUCGAAAUGCUGGCUACGCUCCUGUAAUAUACACGUGCAGAAAUGCAGACAUGAUUCUGAAAUCUACAACUACCAGCGGAUUCAACUUUCGAAUAAUAAAUGCAUUAACGGAAUCUUGGGGUAGGAUUGACCUGGCUUGACUGUAAGAAUUGUCAUUUAUAGAGUGAAGACUAUGCCGAGGAAUACUUGAGUUUCCCAAUAGUGGUGACAUUGCAACAGCGUCUUUAUUUACAAGUAUCAGUAGACACACCCGACACGCGGUUAGGAAUCACUGCUGACACGUGCUAUGCCACACCCAUCAACAGCAUCUCAAAGAAAGAAAAACAUGACAUCAUUCUCAAUGGGUAGGUAUGGUUUUGCCGCUUAAUUUUUAAAUUUUGUUACAGGCGUGCUCUGUCAUAUGUGACCAGUAACACUGAGAUUUGAAUAAAAUAGAAGUCUCCCUGGAAGCACUUUGAAGGUCAUUAAUUAACAGGGAAAUAUCUGAAGUAGUAUUUUGCGGAUGUGCAACAUGUGAGGCUAAGCCUCAGUUGAUCUGGCGGACUGAAACUUUUAAAUAAUUAAAAACUAAUAAAAGUAGUUCUCUUCUAGUGAAUACAGCAAAAAAAUAUCACGCGUUUAUUUAUAGCUUUCAACCUUUCCUGCGUACCCGGGCCUUCACAAUAUUCUAGAUAUGAUAAUUUAAAAGGGACGUUUUCAACAUCUUUCUCGGUCCAUCCUUCUUUCCAAUCAGUCAUCGUUGACCACAGACUGUUGCUAAGAAUAAGAUACUCGAAAUUAGAUGAGGGAAAUGCUAUUUUUUCAUGACGCAGGACCAAGUCUUAGUAACCUGGUCGCCAUACUCUUAGCGUACAUGGGUAGGUGUCUAGUCCAAAACAACAGCCCACCCCACUUCACCCCUAAAUUCCUUGAACAACGCUCUUUAACCACUCCACCCCUAUCUCCCCUGUCCAAGGCCCCUUACAUCGAUGACUUCUCUGAACAAGGUUACGUUUGACUUUUGAUUGUGACAAGAAAAAAAUGAUUAAGAAUUUUUUUUCGUUUCAAACAACUUCAUUUAUUUUACAAAAGGUGCCCGACAGAUGAGACCGUCAAGUUCUAUGGUGCUCCCGCAACAGCGCGACGGUUCAGUUUUACGGCAUUUCAGUUUAUCAAUGGUCCUGUUGAGCCAUACCUUUACGUACAUUGUGACGUUAAACUGUGUAAUUUAACAGACUCCAAGCCCAGUUGCAUGAAGGAAUGCAAUGACAAGUUAGAAAGUAGGCAGAGAAGGGAGGUGAAAACAGAUAUUUAUGACCUGGAGCGAGGUCCAAUUAUCAUUUUAAGAGAAAAGGAAUACAGCUUAGAAAAUGACGCUGAAAAUGAGGAAAUGGGGGAAAAAAGAGGUAAUUGAAACCCUUUUUUUCUAUUUUAUCGUGAAAUUAUAGUGCUAAAAAGCUAAUAAGGCACAGUUUAACAUCGCUCAAAAUUUGUUGCUUAAUAAACGACGUGUUUAGUGUUCAACACAUUGCCAGUUGUUGCACGUAAAAGAGCCCAUAUUAUUCUCGUUCAACAAAAUGGUCUGUUUCAGCAUUCAACAUGGAAAGCUAUGAGAGCUGCAACAUCUGUUGAUCAGCAAAAGUUGAAACUUAUGUUAUUCUCAGUGUUAUUGGAAAAGGCUGCUAAUAUAAAUUGAAAAGCGAUAUUUACUCCUGACUUUUAGAGUCUUUGGCUUAACAUGCAAAAAUCAACUAAGCCUCAAACCUCAGAUGCGCGACUCAGCCUCACGCUAAGGCCACAGAUUCAAGUUUUCCCUUUUCACUGCAAGAAUAUUCACCUCAAAAUCACAUCUUUUUGCAUGGGCAGUCCUUUAUUUGAUUUAAACGACUCUCUAAUGCUUAAUUUAGGACUGGCAUCCAGUGCAAUAUUGCCUUUAGAAUUGCUUCUUUCUACCCUAUCUAUAUCUUUUCGUUUUAGAUCCUUCGUCUUCAAGAAUAACCCCCUGGUUGCUUGUUGUUAUGGGGAUCAUGUGUGCUAUUUGUUUUGGUGCUGUAAUACACACUGUAAUGGAAGUCAAACGAGCAAGAAAAGCUUCAGAUUCUAAGAAGGACCUAUUAUGUAGCCUCUCGCCGCCCUGCUCCGGAGAAUAA